UUCGCCCCCGUCCUGUCCGGCGGCGGGUACUCCACGGAAGCGAUCGCGCUCCUGCACGGCCUCGUGAACGUCCUCCCCGCGGACGAAAAACCGAGCGCGGUGCGCGUGAGCCAUCACGGCGACGCGAUCUCGACCGAGCACUACCUCGGCCUCCCAGACCACUACCGCGAAGCGCUCGACGCCGCGAUGCGCCCGCGCCCGCCGCUCCCCGCGCGCGAUUUCGUCGUCGUGUGCCACUCCGAGCCCGGGGCGUGGGACCCGCCGCGGUAUCACACGACGCGGUGCCCGCCCGAGGGAUACGGCCGCGCCGGCGCGCUCGCGGUGAUCGGACGGACGAUGUUCGAGACCGACCGCCUCGAGGACGAGCACGUGCGGCGGUGUAACAGGAUGCGCGAGGUGUGGGUCCCGACGUCGUGGAGCGCGCGCGUGUUCGAGGCGGCCGGGGUGAGGAAGGAGAAGAUCCGCGUCGUCCCGGAAGCCGUGGACGUCGACGCGUUCGACCCCGCGGCGUUCUCGACCGCGACGGGAGGAGGAGACCGCGCGCCGUACGACGCGACGGGGAACGGCGUCCUCGCCGUGGGCCCGCGCCUGGACGACGACGCGGCGAGCGGCGUCACGAAGUUCCUGUCCGUGUUCAAGUGGGAGGCGCGGAAAGCCCCGGAGGUUUUGCUCGAUGCGUACUUUCGCGAGUUUUCCGCGUCGGACGCCGUCGCGUUGUUCCUUCGCUGCGAGCUGUUCCACGAGGACGGGCGCGACUUGGGGAAGCGUCUUUGGGGCACGCCCGACGGCGAAGGCGUCGACGCGGCGAUUCGAUCGCGCGCGCCGCGAGUGUUCAUUCUCCCUCGAGCAUCCGACGAAGAGAUGCCGUCGUUGUACGCCGCCGCGGACGCGUUCGUGCUUCCCUCGCGCGGAGAAGGCUGGGGGCGGCCGCACGUCGAGGCGAUGGCGAUGGCGUUGCCCGUGAUCGCGACGAACUGGAGCGGGCCGACGGAGUUCAUGACCGAGGCGAACUCGUACCCGGUGCGGAUCGAGGACGCGCUCGUCGCGCUGCCGGAGGAGAGCGCGUUUCGGACGCACAAAUGGGCGCAGCCGUCGGCGACGGCGCUGAGAGCCGCGAUGCGCGCGGUCGCGUCGAACCCGCGGGAGGCGAAGGCGAAGGGCGAGAACGCGCGGCGGACGAUGGUGGAGCGGUUCUCGCCGAGAGUCGUCGCCGAGCUCGUGACGGAGGAGCUGCGGAGGGUC